CUGCUUUAUUCCUGUGUUAAUCAUUCAUUGGACCCAUCAAAAGUUUCUCCCCAUCUGUUUCCAUCUAGCCAUCCCUGACCAGCCAACUGCAUGACUGAAAUUCAGGGACUUUUUGGUGGAGCAAUUACCAGUCAAUUUCAGGGUAUGAUAAACUCUGAUCUGGGGAGGAACCAGGACUGCAUAGACCAAGGCAAUUUUCUUCUUUGAGAAACUAUCCAAGAUAUCAUCAUAGAAUCUUCUGCUCUUCCUCAACUACCAAAGCAGAAAAGCAUCAGUGAAGCAGCAGGCCAUGCGCUCCUCAAGAACUCCACCUGGGACUCCUCACAGAAAAGGGAAAAUGGCAGCCUGGCCCUUCUUCAGGCUUUGGGAAGUCUCUGAUCCCAUUCUCUUCCAAAUGACCUUGGUCACUGCUCUGUUGCCUGCUGUUCUUGGCAACUGCGGUCCUCCACCGACUUUAUCGUUUGCUGUCCCAGUGGAUACUACUUUGGCUGAGACGCAGUUCGAAACUGGAACUAGUCUGAAAUACACCUGCCGCCCUGGCUACGCCAAGUCCAGUUCAAAUCAUAUGCUUACCUGUAAUUCUGAUGGCCAAUGGACAUAUAUUACUUUCUGUACCCACAAACGAUGCAGAAACCCAGGAGAUUUACCUAAUGGGCAAGUGGAUAUUAAGACAGAUUUGUCUUUUGGAUCACAAAUAGAAUUUAGCUGUUCAGAAGGAUAUUUCUUAAUUGGGUCAACCACUAGUCACUGUGAGCUCCAAGAUAGAGGAGUUGACUGGAGUCAUCCUCUCCCACAAUGUGAAAUUGUCAAGUGUGAGCCCCCUCCAGACAUCAAAAAUGGAAGGCACACCUCUGAAGCAGAAUUCCACACAUAUGGCUCUUCUGUCACCUACAGCUGUGACUCCCGCUUCUCACUCUUGGGCCAAGCCUCCAUUUCCUGCACUGUGGAGAAUAAAACAAAAGGUGUUUGGAGACCAAGCCCUCCUACCUGUGAAAAAGUCACCUGUCACAAGCCAGAUGUUCCACAUGGGAAUAUUGUCUCUGGAUUUAGAUCCAUCUAUAAUUACAAAGACACUAUUGCGUUUAACUGCCAAAAGGGUUUUGUUCUCAACGGCAGCAGUGUAAUUCGUUGUGAAGUUGGUAACAAAUGGAAUCCUUCUCCUCCUGUUUGUGAGCCCAAUAGUUGUACUGGCUUACCAGAGAUUCCACAUGCUACGUGGGAAAGCUCUCCUAGGCCAAGUAAAGAGGAUGUGCAUGUUGUUGGGACUGUGUUAACAUACCGCUGUCAUCCCGGCUACAAACCUGCUACAGAUGCGCCUACGACUGUGACUUGUCAGAAAAAUUUGAGAUGGACCCCAUUCCAAGGAUGUGAGGUGUUAUGUUGCCCUGAACCAAAGCUAAGUAAUGGUCAAAUCACUAGACAACGAAAACGUCAUUCUGCCAAUGGCUGUGACUAUUUCUAUGGAGAUGAGGUUUCAUAUUCAUGUGAUAAGAACGCUUGGUUUUCAUGGAUUUCAGCUACAUGCCAACAAGAUGGCACAUGGAGUCCCCGAACACCAUCAUGUGACGACAACUGUAAUUUUCCUCCUAGAAUUGCCCAUGGGCAUUAUAAAAGAGCUACGUCAGCAUUCGGUGCUCUCAAAUAUGAAUUUACAUAUGAAUGUGAUGAAGGCUACAUUCUGGAUGGACCCGUAAGACUCUCCUGCCGUGACUCACACUGGUCACCUCCGGCCCCUCAAUGUAAAGCUUUGUGUCUGAAACCAGAAUUAGUGAAUGGAAGAUUGUCUGUGAAUAAGAAUCAGUAUGUUGAGCCUGAAAAUGUCACCAUCCAAUGCGAUUCUGGCUAUGGUGUGGUUGGUCCCCAGAUUAUCACUUGCUCUGGGAACAGAACCUGGUACCCAGAGGUACCCAGGUGUGAAUGGGAGACCCCUGAAGGCUGUGAACAAGUGCUCGCAGGCAAAUAUCUCAUGCAGUGUCUUCCAAACCCAGAGGAUGUGAAAAUGGCCCUGGAGGUAUAUAAGCUGUCUCUGGAGAUUAAACAACUAGAACUACAGAGAGAAAGGGAAAGAGAAUCCACUUUGGAUAAAGAACUGUAAUUUUUCUCAAAGGAAGGAAAAAACGUGCCUUGCUGGCUUGCCUCUUACAAUUCAAUACGGAUAGGUUAGCAAAUCUACUGUCAAUUUGGCACUGAUAUUCAUCAUAAUAAAUAUCUAGAAAUGACAAUUUGCUAGUUUAGUGCUUUGAGAUUGUGAAAUUAUUAGUCAUCCUGUGUGUGGCUCAUGUUUUUGCUUUUCGAGACACUAAGCAUACUUUUGUUUUCAAUUAAAAAUAUACAUAUAAAAAACUA